AUAAUUGAAGCUCAGUUGGAAGUGGGCAACCGGGCCCAUCAUGGCAGACUCUGACAUUGAGUCAAGGGCAGCGUCACCCGACGCCGCGAAAGGAAACAGGAUAUGCCUCGAUGAGCUUCCAGAUGAAAUAUUGAUACAGAUUUUUGGGCACCUCUCUGAGGUCGGCAACACAUGGGACGAGGACGACCCGUUGCGUCUGGGCUCCUUGCCCUAUCACCAAGCUGAUUUGGAGUUACUGCCUUGCACGGGGCUCCGCGGGUACCCCUUCCUCGCGCAAGUGUGCCGGAAGUGGCGGCGGCUGCUGUCGACGCCCAUCGCGCAGACCCUUUGUUGGCGGAAGGCAACCGUGGACUUUGGCCACGAGCUGGUGACAUCCAUACACACGCCGCUGCGGUGGAGCAACCAGCGGCCCACACGGGACGAAUAUGAGACCGCGUUCCAGCAAACCUCCAUCAGUGCCGCCAAGGUCCUCGGCUUUCUGCGGUCGCUGGGGCCGGUGGUGCAGAGUCUGACGUUUAGCAACUCGGAGGGCUAUGACGGCGAGGAGGGCGAGUACAUCAGCCUCAGCGACAAACACGACUUCGGGCCCAGUCACCUGGGGUUUGCGAUAGCGAUGCUGGCCAACACACUCACGGAGCUGCGGCUGUACCGCUGCAAUGACCUAGUUGUGUCCGACCAGGGGCUGUUGGGGCUGCUGCCUUUGCUGCCGCACCUGCGGGUGCUGGGCGUAGAGGGGCUGCGGAGCAGGGUGUCAGCGGCCGUGGUGGCACCGCUGGGCGACCUGCGCAAGCUGGACACGCUGGUGCUGAGCGGUGCGCAGUAUCGCAGCGGCGACUGGACGGUGGGGCUGGACGGCCUUCCGCACUCUUGGAGCCGCCUCACGGGCCUAACCAGGCUGGAGCUUCGCGGGCACCAGCAGCUGCUCGACCUACCGGGUUGGUUUGCGGCGGCGCUGAAGGGGCUGCGGGUUCUGGAUGUGAGCAGCUGCAGCAGCCUGGCGCUGGGGCAGCUGAGUCACAUGACGCAGCUCGAGGUGCUGGUGCUGCAGCAUCUGAACCUGGCGCACGCCCUGCCCACCGCCGCCGAGAUGGCCGCGCUGCUGGCGGCGGGCGGGCACUGGUCCUCGCGCACCUUGCCGGACCUGACGCCGCUGGCUCGCAGCCUGCGCUCGCUAUCACUGUCCUGCAACCGGUUGGGGCUGCUGCCGGAGUGGCUGCCCAAGAUGACCCGGCUGGAACACCUGGACCUCAGUUACAACAAGGACCUGCACAUCCGGGCGCCGCUGACGGGGCUGGCGGCGCUGCCGCACCUGGUCCUGUUGGACUUUCGGCACGUGCAUGUGGUGGAGAAGACUGCGUACUGGCCCGAGGCCAAGUGCGUUACCAUGCAGCACCUGACCAAGCUCGUCAACGUGCUCAAGCGGCGACAGCCGCAGCCGCGGGUGCUGCUGGAGAUGUGAAUGAUGGCUGUGGAGGAGGCGUGGGAAGCAAGGCUGGAGGCGGGGGCCUGGUUUCGGCAUGCGGCGUGGAGUGUGGCCGUCAUGGACGGGCGCCCGAUGUCCAGAUCCCGCUACAUACACGGUACAUACGGACAGAGCGGCAGGAGCAGUGCGGCGGUUUUACAGAGAAGCGGGUAAGCUUGCCUAAGGCAAUAGGCUAUAGCAAGGUAACUGACGUGGUGUUGUAGGCGGGAAGCUUACAUGGCGCAGCGAAAGCGCCGUGAGUGAUCAAGCAGCUUGCUGUCUACAGCAUCUGAAAUGAUGUUGGGCGCACGGCUAUCGGUUACAGUGCUUGUCAACAACAGCCGAGGGGGGCAUUCUUCCAUACCGUAUACAGCGCUGGUGAUAGGAGGUGAGAGAAAGUUGCAGGGUUGUCACUGUGCAAGGUUGCGAGGAUGUAUGAUGAGUUGCUCGAAUGCAAGAUUGGAUCCAGUGCGAGGUCCAAACAACACGGCUGACGCGGCGCAGAAGAGGCCGGGGCCCUGGCCUGGUUAACUAGUAUCUAUUGUAAGGCUUCGCCUCG